AUGGUUCAUAAGGUUCUCUUUUGGAGCGGUUUCGGCAUCGCCGUCCGCCUCUGGCAACUCGGUAUCGAAAUGCGUCCUCUUCUGGGCAAAGAAUCCCUCUGGGUCUACCCACUCUUCGCUGGCGUUGGUGGAAGCUUCGGUUAUUGGUUGCAGGGUAUUGAAAGCAGACAACAAAAGAUCCUUGCUGAGCGACGAGAGGCUAUACUUGAGAAGCGCCGAAGACGUGACCAGCGGGAGAGUCUCUUGUCUAAGACGGAGGAAGCUGGUGUUCUGGCUGCGGCAUCUUGA